AUGCUGAGGAGUUUUUUCCAGCGGCGACGGAAACACGAGCGUCUGGAGGAGGAGCCGCUGGCUCGUUUCAGAGGGAAACUCAUUUCAGAGACAGAGUUGAGCUAUACACAUGUCAGGCCUGGAGGCUCCAACUACUCGAGCCCGUCGUUGCCGGUGGCGACAAGCCUGAGUGAGCCAGAGCAUGGGGUAGUUGUGGGACUGGCGGCAGAGCAUGUGCCCACGGCGGGCGCGGCCCUGUCCUGGCAGGCUGCCAUUGAUGCUGCACGGCAGGCCAAACUGAUGGGCAGUGCGGGAGCUCCCAUCUCCACUGCCAGCUCCACACAGCGCAAGCGCCACAACUACAGCAAACCCAAGAAACAGGCCAGCACUGCAGCCACACGACCUCCACGAGCACUCCUCUGCCUCACACUCAAAAACCCCAUCCGCAGAGCCUGCAUUAGCAUCGUCGAGUGGAAACCUUUUGAAAUCAUCAUCUUGAUGACUAUUUUUGCUAACUGUGUGGCCUUAGCUGUCUACAUCCCCUUCCCUGAGGAUGACUCAAAUGCCACCAACUCCAACCUGGAGCGAGUGGAGUAUCUCUUCCUCAUCAUCUUCACAGUAGAAGCAUUUCUCAAGGUAAUUGCAUACGGGUUGCUGUGCCACCCUAACGCUUACCUGCGGAAUGGCUGGAACCUGCUGGAUUUCAUCAUCGUGGUAGUGGGGCUUUUCAGUGCAAUUUUAGAGCAGGCAACUAAAGGUGAUGGAGCAACACCCAUUGGGGGGAAAGCGGCAGGGUUUGAUGUUAAAGCCCUCCGAGCAUUCCGAGUUCUGAGACCCCUGCGGCUGGUGUCUGGAGUGCCCAGCCUGCAGGUGGUGCUGAACUCCAUCAUUAAAGCCAUGGUUCCUCUGUUACACAUUGCACUCCUUGUGCUAUUUGUCAUCAUCAUUUAUGCCAUCAUCGGUCUUGAGCUCUUCAUGGGCAAGAUGCACCGCACCUGCUUCCUCUCAAAAGAUGGCCGCCCAGGUGCUAUAGCAGAGGAGAAGCCGGCCCCCUGUGCUCCAAGCUCUGCACAUGGUCGCCACUGCCCACCCAAUGUCACCACGUGCUGGACGGGAUGGGAGGGACCCAAUGAUGGCAUUACUAACUUUGAUAACUUUGCGUUUGCCAUGCUGACUGUGUUUCAGUGCAUCACAAUGGAGGGCUGGACAGAUGUCCUGUACUGGAUGCAGGAUGCUAUGGGAUAUGAGCUUCCCUGGGUCUAUUUUGUCAGUCUGGUCAUCUUCGGGUCCUUUUUCGUUCUAAAUCUGGUUCUGGGUGUGUUGAGCGGAGAGUUCUCUAAAGAGCGAGAGAAGGCUAAAGCUCGUGGAGACUUCCAGAAGCUUCGUGAAAAGCAGCAGUUGGAGGAGGAUCUGAAAGGUUAUCUUGACUGGAUCACUCAGGCAGAGGACAUAGACCCAGAGAAUGAGGAGGACGGUCUCGAUGAUGACAAGCCCAGAAACCUGAGCAUGCCGGCCAGUGAGAACGAGUCAGUAAAUACAGAUAAUGUUCCUGCUGGAGACAUGGAGGGAGAAACCUGUUGCACCAGACUAGCAAAUAGGAUCUCCAAAUCCAAAUUCAGUCGGUACUCUCGUCGUUGGAACAGGCUGUGUCGUAGGAAGAGCCGUGCAGCAGUGAAAUCCAAUGUGUUUUACUGGCUGGUGAUCUUUCUGGUGUUCCUUAACACCCUAACCAUUGCAUCAGAGCACCAUAAACAGCCUCAGUGGCUCACGGAUGUACAAGACAUAGCGAAUAAAGUUCUACUGGCACUUUUCACUGGAGAGAUGCUGUUGAAGAUGUACAGUCUGGGACUGCAGGCCUACUUCGUCUCACUCUUCAACCGUUUUGACAGUUUUGUUGUGUGUGGUGGUAUCCUGGAGACCAUCCUGGUUGAGACUAAGAUUAUGUCUCCACUUGGCAUCUCUGUGCUGCGUUGUGUGCGGCUGCUGCGCAUCUUCAAGAUCACCAGGUACUGGAACUCUCUGAGUAACCUGGUGGCAUCUUUGCUGAACUCCGUCCGCUCCAUCGCUUCAUUGCUGCUGCUGCUCUUCCUCUUCAUCAUCAUCUUCUCUCUCCUCGGCAUGCAGCUCUUCGGUGGUAAAUUUAACUUCGACGAGACCCGCCGCAGCACCUUUGAUAACUUCCCUCAGUCUCUGCUCACCGUGUUCCAGAUUUUAACUGGAGAGGACUGGAACUCUGUGAUGUAUGAUGGUAUUAUGGCUUACGGAGGACCAUCCUUUCCUGGCAUGCUAGUUUGUAUUUACUUCAUCAUCCUCUUCAUCUGUGGAAACUAUAUUCUCCUGAAUGUAUUCUUGGCCAUUGCUGUGGACAACCUGGCAGAUGCUGAAAGCUUGACAUCUGCCCAGAAGGAGGAGGAAGAGGAGAAGGAGAGGAAGAAACUGGCCAGGACUGCUAGCCCAGAGAAACGACAGGACACUGAGAAACCUCCAUUAGAGGAGGAGAAGAAAGAGGAGAAAAUUGAACUGAAGUCUAUCACCUCGGAUGGAGAGACCCCUACUGCCACCAAGAUAAACAUAGAUGAAUACACAGGUGAUGAGAGAGAGGAGAAGAAUCCAUACCCAGUGAAUGACUUCCCAGGAGAGGAGGAAGACGAAGAGCCUGAGAUGCCAGUGGGGCCAAGGCCCAGACCGUUGUCAGAUAUCCAGCUGAAAGAGAAAGCAGUGCCAAUGCCAGAGGCCAGGGCAUUUUUCAUCUUCAGCCACACUAACAAGUUCAGGGUUUUAUGUCAUAAGAUUGUUAAUCACAACAUCUUCACCAACCUCAUCCUCUUCUUCAUCCUGCUGAGCAGCAUCUCCCUUGCAGCUGAGGACCCCGUAAAGAGCGACUCUUCCAGGAACAAGAUUCUAGGCUAUGCAGAUUAUGUAUUUACGGGACUCUUCACCAUUGAGAUUAUACUAAAGAUGACAGCAUAUGGAGCCUUCCUGCACAAGGGCUCUUUCUGUCGUAAUUAUUUUAACAUUCUGGAUCUGGUGGUGGUCAGUGUGUCGCUCAUCUCCUCUGGGAUACAGUCAAGUGCCAUUAAUGUAGUCAAGAUUCUUAGAGUGCUGAGAGUACUACGGCCAUUACGAGCCAUCAACAGAGCCAAGGGCCUCAAACAUGUGGUGCAGUGUGUGUUUGUGGCAAUCCGAACCAUUGGGAACAUUGUAAUCGUCACAACGCUGCUGCAGUUCAUGUUUGCCUGCAUCGGCGUCCAGCUCUUUAAGGGGAAGUUCUAUUACUGCACAGACUCCUCUAAACAAACACAGGCAGAGUGCAGGGGGUCCUACAUCCUCUAUAAGGAUGGGAAUGUGGGAAAGCCUCUGAGAGCUCCCCGGACGUGGGAAAACAGUGACUUUAACUUUGAUAAUGUUCUGACCGGCAUGAUGGCUCUAUUCGCUGUGUCCACCUUUGAAGGCUGGCCAGGGCUUCUGUAUAGAGCCAUAGACUCACAUGCUGAGGAUGUUGGCCCAAUCUACAAUUACCGUGUUGUCAUCUCUAUUUUCUUCAUCAUCUAUAUCAUCAUCAUUGCCUUCUUCAUGAUGAACAUAUUCGUGGGUUUUGUCAUCGUCACAUUCCAGGAGCAGGGAGAACAGGAAUAUAAGAACUGCGAGCUGGACAAGAACCAGCGGCAGUGUGUGGAGUAUGCUCUGAAAGCAAGGCCACUACGCAGGUACAUCCCGAAAAACCCAUACCAGUACAAGGUGUGGUACGUGGUCAACUCCACCUACUUUGAGUACCUGAUGUUCACACUCAUUCUUCUCAACACCAUCUGCCUUGCCAUGCAGCAUCAUGGUCAGUCACAGUCCUUCAACAAAGCCAUGAACAUCCUCAACAUGCUCUUCACUGGCCUCUUCACCGUGGAGAUGAUCCUUAAACUCAUCGCCUUCAAGCCAAGGGGUUACUUUAGUGAUCCCUGGAAUGUUUUUGACUUCCUCAUCGUAAUUGGCAGCAUUAUAGACGUCAUUCUGAGUGAGAUCAACCCAGCAGACCACUCCUCGACCACCCACUCCUCUGUGGUAAGACCAAUGGGGCUCCAGAAUACAGAGGACAAUGCGCGGAUUUCCAUCACGUUUUUCCGCCUGUUCCGAGUGAUGAGGCUUGUAAAGUUGCUCUCACGGGGGGAGGGCAUCCGAACCCUGCUCUGGACCUUCAUCAAAUCUUUUCAGGCUCUACCUUAUGUUGCCUUGCUUAUUGUCAUGCUCUUCUUCAUCUAUGCCGUCAUCGGAAUGCAGAUGUUUGGGAAGAUUGCUCUGAGAGACAAUAGCCAGAUCAACCGCAACAACAACUUCCAAACCUUUCCACAGGCUGUCCUACUCCUCUUCAGGUGUGCUACAGGGGAGGCCUGGCAGGAGAUCAUGUUGGCUUGUUCUCCUAACCGACCUUGUGAGAAGGGGUCAGAAGAUGUGUCAGUCACUGAGGACUGUGGCAGCAGUUUUGCCAUCAUCUACUUUGUCAGCUUCUAUAUGCUCUGUGCCUUUUUGAUCAUUAACCUUUUUGUUGCUGUCAUCAUGGAUAAUUUUGACUACCUGACACGUGAUUGGUCCAUCCUUGGGCCGCAUCAUCUCGAUGAGUUCAAGAGGAUUUGGGCGGAAUAUGACCCUGAGGCCAAGGGACGGAUUAAACACCUGGAUGUGGUGACAUUGCUGAGAAGGAUUCAGCCGCCUCUGGGCUUUGGGAAGCUGUGUCCACAUCGAGUGGCAUGCAAGCGUCUGGUGUCUAUGAAUAUGCCACUGAACAGCGAUGGCACAGUUAUGUUUAACGCAACACUGUUUGCUCUGGUGCGCACAGCGCUGCGUAUCAAAACAGAAGGGAACUUAGAGCAGGCUAAUGAGGAACUGCGGGCCAUUGUAAAAAAGAUCUGGAAGAGGACCAGCAUGAAGCUGCUGGACCAAGUCGUACCACCAGCUGGAGAUGAUGAAGUUACAGUUGGGAAGUUUUACGCCACCUUCUUGAUCCAAGAAUACUUCAGGAAAUUUAAGAAGCGGAAAGAACAGGGGCUUGUCGCCAAAGUUCCACCAAAGACAGCUCUGUCCCUGCAGGCAGGACUACGGACGCUGCAUGACAUGGGCCCUGAGAUCCGUAGAGCGAUAUCGGGAGACCUGACUGCAGAGGAAGAGCUGGAGAAAGCCAUGAAGGAGACAGUGUGUGCUGCCUCUGAGGAUGAUAUCUUCAGGGUAAAGCGAGCUGGUGGCCUCUUCGGAAACCAUGUCGGCUAUUACCAUCAAAGUGAUGGGCGUAGCUCUUUCCCACAGUCUUUCACUACACAGAGGCCACUGCACAUCAGCAAGGCAGGAAGCCCAUGUGAGGGUGAAUCCCCAUCCCACGAGAAAUUGGUGGACUCAACCUUCACCCCCAGCAGUUAUUCUUCCUCAGGCUCCAAUGCCAACAUCAACAAUGCCAACAACACUGCGAUUGGUCACCGCUACCCCAGCCCUGCCAUCAGCACUGUGGACGGGCACAGCGGCCCACCACUCACACCCGUCCUACUUCCACGGCCUGCAUGGUGCUUCCCCACCAAGAGGACCUGUCUCUAUGACACAUUCAUGCGCUCAGACUCCAGUGACAGCCGGCUUCCCAUUAUUCGUCGUGAGGAGGCGUCCACGGAGGAGACAUUUGAUGAAACAUUUGCAGAUGAGAGAGAGUACCGCAGUGAUCAGAACAUUCUGUCCUCUGAAAUGUUAGAAUAUCAGGAUGAAGAAUGCAAACAACUGGCACCAAUGGAGGAGGGAGAGGAAGGGGAGGAGCAGCGGCCAUGGCAGUCUCCCAGACGAGCCUUCCUCUGCCCUACUGCACUGGGGCGACGAUCUUCCUUUCACCUGGAGUGUCUGAGGAGACAAACAAGACCAGAUGUGUCUCAGAAAACAGCACUGCCACUGCACCUAGUUCACCAUCAGGCUCUGGCAGUGGCAGGUUUGAGUCCGUUGCUAAGGCGGAGUCACUCUCCAACGUUAUUCACGCGCCUGUGCUCCACUCCUCCUGUGAGUCCUGGGGCACGUUCGCGCGGUCAGCUCUACCAGCCCGUACCAGCUCUGAGACUGGAGGGAACUGGUUCCUAUGAGAAGCUCAACAGCAGCCUGCCGUCUGUUAACUGCAGCCCCUGGUACAGGGACAGUAAUGGAAACAGCAUGGCCAGCUCUGGGCGACCCCCACGGCCUGUCUCACUCACCGUGCCCUGUGUAGGGGGGAAGGACUCGAGCUCACAUUCACAUGGCAGUGCAGGCAGCCUGGUGGAGGCAGUGUUGAUAUCAGAGGGACUGGGACUCUAUGCACAGGACCCAUCCUUCAUUGAAGUAACUAAGCACGAGUUGGCCGAUGCAUGUGAUAUGACAAUAGAGGAGAUGGAGAACGCUGCUGACAACAUUCUUAAUGGCAACAGUCAGCCGAGUCACAACGGAACCCUGCUUCCCGUCGUACACUGCAGAGAGGCCGCAGCCCAGGAGUCCUCGCACGGGGACGAUGCUUCAGAGAGAGAGGAGCUUCUUGGGGGCACUGGCUCUGAAGACGAAGCAGGGACAGGCCAGCGGAACAGCAGCUUACUGGAAGAUGAGGACAUGGAGUGUGUGACCAGUUUAUAG